GAAUCAACAAGUAACUGAGUCUAGUAACUGAGUCAAGAAGUGGCAACAUCUGACCAGGACACAAGGGAAGUGACCCCUCUCAAGGGGCCAGAAAGACAAGAUGAAGACUCUGAUCCCGAUUGUGCUCAUUUUGGCCUUUACCAGUUGUUUUCCAUUAAGUAAGAGUCAGCAAAGCCAACGUCAGAGAACACAGAAAACACCCAAUAAUCAAUUUGUCCAAAAUAAUCCAAUUCGAACUUUGAGAAGUAGACCAUCAUCUGCUCAAUCCCCAUCAAGGAAAUCUCAGUCUCGUCCACACGCAUCCACCUCAUCUGUAGCUGGAGUUCCUCGAAAGAUUACAUCUUCACAUUCUCAGGCUCCAAAAGCCCAAUCAUCAUCUUCCCAGAAGGUGGUAAGAAGGUCUUCUGCUCCUGUUCAAGCUGCAUCAAGGGUAGCUAUAGCUAACCAGAUAGUUCCUAAGUCAUCUCCAGCAUGGAAACAGACCUCUCCUUUGAAGGUAGGGCCCAAAUCAGUUAGGACAUCCUCCAAACAGUCCACAGGUUCUCAAUUUACAUCAAGGCAGUCUCGGCCUGCCAAGAAACCAGCAGUAGCAUCAAGAACCUCAAAAGUCACCCGCAAGCCUUCUCGACCUGCCAACAAACCAGUGAGAACCUCCAAAGUCACCCGCAAGCCUUCUCAGUCUUCCAACAAAGCAGUGAGAACCUCCAAAGUCACCCGCAAGCCUUCUCGACCCGCUAGCAAGGCAGUGAGAAGCCCCAAGCCCUCCCGCAAGUCUUCUCGACCCACCAACAAACCAGUGAGAACCUCUAAAGUCACCCGCAAGCCUUCUUGGCCCUCCAACAAAGCAACAAGAAGCCCUAAGCCCACCCUCAAGCCUUCUCAACCCACCAAUAAGGCAGCAAGAAGGCCCAAGCCCACCCGCAAGCCUUCUCGACCCGCCAACAAACCAUCGCAAAGGCAUAAGCCCAUCCGUAAGCCUUCUCCACCUGCCAACAAACCAACAUGGUCCAAGCGUACACCAAAACGAUCUCCAGUGCCCCAACGUCCACCAAAGAAACGUCCACAUGCCCAAGCUCCACAAAAGAAACAUAGACCUUCCAAGGCUAUUCCAUGUCCCAAUGCCAAAGCUCCAUCAUGUAAACACACCUCGUGUUCUAAGCCAAAGGCUCCAAGGCCUCUACCACACAUAUCCCAACCCCUUCGUCCUCCACCAUCCCAUCCUCAUCCUAAAAAACCUUGUCAUUCAGGAUCUCAUUCAGCACCCCAUCUUCGCCCACAUCGAGGCCAUCCACAUCGAUCUCAUAAACAUCCAGGAGGUCAACAACCACCUCAAAUAGUGCCAACUACUUCGGCAGGAGUCACAGAAGAACCUGAUGCCUUAACUGAUGCCCAAACAGAUUUGGUUAUCACAACUACUGGAGCCACUACUACUUUAGCUGGAACAAGCACUACUGUGUCAGGUAGCACAGUCUCCACAGCUGCCACCACAAGAGCCACCACCACUGUCACCACGGGGGCCACCAAUAUUACCACCACAGGCACCACUACUGCUGCCACUACAGGAGCCACCACCACCACCAGUACAAGGGCCACCACUACCACUGGGGGAGCUACCACCACUGCCACUUCAGGGGCCAUCACUACCACUACAGGGGCCACUACCAUGGCCACUGCAGAGGUUACCACCACUACUACUACAGGAGCCACCACCACUUCCACUACGGGGGCUACCACCACUGCCACUACAGGGGCCACCACCACUGCCACUAUGGGGACUACCACCACUGCCACUACGGGGACUACCACUGCCACUGUUGCCACAUCUUCAGUCACUGAUGCCUCAACAUCUGAAGCCUCGACAGUAAUUGCUGAGGUCUCUACUGAAAUAGCUACUGAUAGUACUACUUCCCCUGCAACAGAUGAAUCAACCUCACCAGGGACUGAAGUCACCACCCCAGCUGUUGAAGCAUCAACCUCUGAGCCUGAUGCCUCAACCCCAGCAGAUGAGUCCACCACUGGAGUUGUGGAAGCCACCACUGUCACUACGGGGGCCACCACUAUUACCACCACAGGCACCACUACUGCUGCCACUACAGGAGCCACCACCACCACCAGUACAAGGGCCACCACUACCACUGGGGGAGCUACCACCACUGCCAUUUCAGGGGCCAUCACUACCACUAUAGGGGCCACUACCAUGGCCACUGCAGAGGUUACCACCACUACUACUACAGGAGCCACCACCACUUCCACUACGGGGGCUACCACCACUGCCACUACAGGGGCCACCACCACUAUGAAUCAACUUCACCAGGGACUGAAGUCACCACCCCAGCUGUUGAAGCAUCAACCUCUGAGCCUGAUGCCUCGACCCCAGCAGAUGAGUCCACCACUGGAGUUGUGGAAGCCGCCACUGCCACUACAGGGGCCACCACUAUUACCACCACAGGUGAUUGGAGCGGUGCUGGAUGGAGCUGUGACAGGCUGGGGAGGAAGCGGGGUGCUGGGAAGUGGCCAGAGCACGCGUUCCCUAGGCAAGGACUGUGCCACUUGGAGGGGGAUGGCAGAGAGCGAACUCUCUCUGCCUGGCCUCCUUCUUUGGGUACUAUGCUGA